ACAUCCACUCCCUGACGGCGUUACUUCUUAGACGACAUCAUGCGGUACUAUGAACAAAAAUAUCCGGAGGUGGACGAGCUGGUGAUGGUGCAAGUGAGGCAGAUCGCAGAGAUGGGCGCCUAUGUCAAGCUGUUGGAGUAUGAUAACACGGAAGGGAUGAUCCUCCUCUCAGAAUUGUCGCGGAGACGUAUCCGUUCUGUUCAAAAGCUUAUUCGUGUGGGGAGGAAUGAAGUCGUUGUCGUGCUGAGGGUCGAUAAGGAAAAAGGUUACAUUGAUUUAUCAAAACGUCGUGUAUCCUCAGAAGACAUCAUAAAGUGCGAAGAGAGGUACAUGAAAUCAAAAACUGUCGCCUCGAUCCUGAGGCAUGUGGCGUCAAAAAUUGCAAGUGUUGAUGGCGACGUGGGGACUGAAGCCGCUGUGAACAAGGCUGCAAACCCGGAAGAAGGAGAUGCUGAUGCUGGGGAGGAGCCAAAGAUCAGCAAGCGAGGUAAAAGGGAUGGUGGUGUAGGGAUCGGUGGACCAGGGGAGGAAGAACGGCUGGAGAAACUAUACGAGACUAUUGCUUGGCCCUUGGGGAAAGUAUUUGGUCAUCCCUACGAUGCAUUCAAGCUCGCUUUGACUGAGCCAGCGACACUUUCCAAUGCGCUACCCAAUCCAGUCUCGCAAAGCACGUUAUCUGUUCUCAUGUCGACAAUUGCCCGACGACUAACGCCGCAACCGAUCAAAUUGCGAGCCGACAUCGAGUUGACAUGCUAUACCCCGCAAGGAAUCGAUGCUAUCAAAAAGGCGCUCAGGAUGGGUGAAAAAGAGAGUACAGAGCAAGUGCCCAUCAAAGCCAAAUUGGUUGCGCCACCAUUGUAUGUGUUGAGCACAAGUGCGGGUGACAAGUAUGCUGCGGUGGACAGGCUUGAGCGAGCAAUCGAGAGCAUCCAACACACCAUUGAAGAACAAGGAGGUACUCUGGUCGUCAAAAUGAAGCCGAAAGCUGUUUCGGAGACUGAUGAGCACGACUUGGCGCAACUCAUGGCCAAGGCUGGACAAGAGAAUGCAGAGGUUUCCGGUGAUGAGGAUGAUGAAGAGUGAAGAAAAUGUAUAUUGUGUUGCUACCGCUGUAUCGUUGCAAUCUUACCUUAUAUUAUCAUCGCCCAGCCUGAGCCUGUGCCAAUUGCUCAUCCCA